UAUUGUCAUUACAAACCCUAAUCAGAAAUAGUUCGUAUCUUAUAAGAAUAUCCCAAGUUCUAUCCUCUCUUUAAACCUAGUUUAACUCGUCCUGAUCAAUUUUCAUAAGUACUAUAUAUUACCUACACAACGAUGGCUACAAAUUCCAUGAAACGAUCCCAUAAAUUUAAUUUACCAAAAUGGCCAUAGCAGUACUCAGUGCCUUAGACAACGCUCGUACACAAUGGUACCACGUCACAGCCAUAGUCAUCGCCGGAAUGGGCUUCUUCACCGACGCAUACGACCUCUUCUGCAUCACAGCCGUCUCCAAACUCUUGGGCCGUCUUUACUAUUUCAAUCCCGAUUCCGAAAAGCCCGGUAAGCUUCCUACUAAUGUUAACAACGCCGUCACCGGUGUAGCUCUCAUCGGAACCCUAUCCGGUCAGCUCGUCUUCGGUUGGCUCGGUGACAAACUAGGCCGGAAGAAAGUUUACGGAAUUACCCUCAUCAUGAUGGUAAUCUGUGCCAUUUGUUCCGGUAUCUCUUUCGGUCACAGUCCCGAAGGAGUGAUCGGAAGCCUAUGCUUUUUCCGAUUUUGGUUAGGGUUUGGUAUUGGCGGAGAUUACCCGCUCUCCGCCACCAUCAUGUCAGAAUACGCCAACAAGAAAACCCGAGGCGCUUUCAUAGCCGCGGUUUUCGCCAUGCAAGGCGUCGGGAUAAUCUUUGCCGGGCUAGUUUCCAUGAUAGUUUCGAAAAUAUUCCUUGUCUACAAUGAUGCUCCGCCCUACAACGGUGGCGAAUUCGAUCGCGUGUUUUCCACGCAACCCAACGCCGAUUACAUGUGGCGAAUAGUAUUGAUGUUGGGAGCUCUUCCUGCUCUUCUAACAUACUAUUGGCGAAUGAAGAUGCCGGAAACAGCUCGUUACACGGCGUUGAUCGUCGGAAACGGGAAGCAAGCCGCCAUGGAUAUGGAACAAGUUUUGGAUAUCGAAAUAGAAGCUGAUCAAGCUCAAUUGGCUCAACUCAAGGCUGCUAAUAACUACAAAUUAUUCUCUAUAGAGUUUUGGAAUCGACAUGGAUUGAAUUUGAUAGGAACAAGUACAACUUGGUUCUUACUAGACAUAGCUUUUUACAGCCAAAACUUAACCCAAAAAGACAUUUUCCCAGCUAUGGGUUUAGUCAACAAAGACGUUGACGUCAACGCCCUUAGAGAGGUGUUCGAAACAUCACGUGCCAUGUUCGUGAUCGCCUUGGUUGGAACCUUUCCAGGUUACUGGUUCACAGUCUUCUUAAUCGAAAAGCUUGGUCGUUUCAUCAUACAAUUGGUUGGUUUCUUCAUGAUGUCGGUUUUCAUGUUGAUUAUAGGAAUCAAAUACGAAUAUUUGAAAAACGACAACAAAUGGUUGUUUGCCGUUUUAUACGGUUUGACCUUUUUCUUCGCUAAUUUCGGUCCCAACAGCACGACUUUCGUGCUGCCGGCUGAGCUUUUCCCGACACGGCUUAGAUCCACGUGUCACGCGAUAAGCGCAGCGUCGGGAAAAGCUGGGGCUAUGGUGGGAGCUUUUGGGAUUCAGAGCUAUACUUUGAAGGGUUCGACGAGUACAAUCAAGAGGGCGAUGAUGAUAUUGGCUGCGACGAAUAUGUUGGGAUUUUUGUUCACUUUUUUAGUGACUGAAACUAAAGGAAGAUCGUUGGAAGAGAUUUCGGGUGAGGAUGGGAGUGAGAAUGGAACUGAGAAUUAUCAUCAUAAGACCACUUUCAAUGCUGGAAGAUUGUCUAUUUCGUCCAGAUCGGGAAGUACUGGUACUAGAACGAAUUAAUAAUAACGACGCCGUUUUACAGUGAUUAAAGUUAAUUAAAUUCCUAAAGUACCAUCUUUAUUGAGAUAUAUAUAUACACACAGUUUACAAAUGUAUUAGAAUAAAA